AUGUACAGACCACCUCAACCAUUCAUCACUAGUCGUAAGACUACUGACAUGAAGGUGGAGUCAUUCAACAAGGGACGGAGUUUAAAAUCUUUUCUCCAGGUCAAGGUUUCUCCCUAUUCCUCCAUGUCACUUUAUUCCCACUUCACUGCCAUCCAUCCAUACCUACCUGGAUUCGGUUGUCUAGUGGAGAAGUCAUUCCUGCAGAACACGGAACUGGGGUCGUUGCCGAAGGUAGACGCCAUUUUCAAACCUUCUGUUAGGGGUUGUCACAGGAACUUCCAUCUGCAACCUAUGCUCUUCUACAUUUAG